ACAAAGAUGGAUGUGCUCUGUAAUGCCAAGCAUCUGCGAGAUCCGCCUACAGAUAGACGUGACACCAGUGCUCCCCAGUGAGUGAGCCUGCCACCAACCGUUUCAUCAUUUGAACAGCGAAUGGGAUGCGUAAUUGUGCUGUAUCACUUUUCUAUCUGCUGAAACAACGGGUCAAGAUGGAUAGCAACCACUAGGCGGUCGCCAUUCAACAUGGGGUGGAACAGACAGACAAAACAUGGCAUUUGUUUUUCAAUGCAAGGGGUGAUGCUUUCCUUAUUUUAUUUUUUUGUGUGUCAAAAAAAGUUCUUGAUUUUUUAUUUUUUUUAAUUAAAAUGCACUUUGCUUUCGGGCACAGUAGGCCCCACAUUCGCUGAAGCGUGGAUGCGGGGAUAUACGCACCACCACCCCGGCUGGCUGCGCAAAUGGCAAACAGCAGCGAGUUCGGGGAAAGCGGUCCAUCCUUCCAGAACUACGCAUCCGCCACGGCUUCGGCUUUCAAACUCGCAUCGCUGGCUCUCAUCACAGGAGCAAGCUUGCUGGGCAACGCGGUGCUUUGCGUGCUUCUGCUAAAGGACAGCUCGCUGCACAGAGCUUCGUACUAUUUCCUACUGGAUCUGUGCCUGGCUGAGGUGCUUCGUUCCGCCGUGUGUUUCCCCUUCGUGAUGGUUUCCAUCGGCAGCGGCUCGGCGUGGCCGUACAGCACGCUCAGCUGCAAACUAGUCGCCUUCGCCUCGGUGCUCUUCUGCUUCCACGUCGCAUUCCUGCUCUUCUGCGUCAGCGUCACCCGCUAUAUGGCCAUCGCCCAUCACAGGUUCUACUCCAAGCGGAUGAACGUGUGUACGUGCGUGGCGGUCAUCUGCAUGGUGUGGACACUCUCCGCGGCCAUGGCGUUUCCCCCGGUGUUCGGCGUGGGAACGUACCGCUACGUCCGCGAGGAGGAUCAAUGCAUAUUCGAGCACCGCUACGUGAAGGCGAACGACACGCUGGGCUUCGUGUUAAUGCUGGCCGUCAUCGUGGGGGCGACCCACGCUGUUUACAUGAAGAUGCUGUGCUUUGUUUAUAAUCACCGUAAAAUGAAACCCACGCAACUCGUCCCGGCCAUCAGUCAGAACUGGACCUUCCACGGUCCCGGAGCCACAGGGCAGGCUGCUGCCAACUGGAUGGCCGGAUUCGGCAGAGGACCCACCCCACCGACGCUUGUGGGCGUCAGACAAGCGGCGCACGCCGGCCACAGGCGACUGCUGGUCCUGGAUGAGUUCAAAACGGAGAAACGAAUCGGGAAGAUGUACUACAUGAUCACAUUGACUUUUUUAAUUCUUUGGACACCUUACUUAUGCACCUGCUACAUGAGAAUAUUUGUGAGGGGAAUCUCCAUCCCUCAGCUCUACUUGUCUGCAGCAGUGUGGAUGACAUUUGUUCAGGCAGGGGCGAAUCCCAUUAUCAGCUUCCUGUUCAACAAGGAGCUCCGGAUGCGUUUCAGAGGCUGUUUGCUAUGUUGCUUGGGCACACAAACCCCAAUGCAGCCACUUUGUGUUAUCUGAACUGUCUGAAGACACUCACUGCCCAAACGAAGAUCCAAAAAUCAAUUUUUUAAACUAAAGACUUAGACAGUUGCCAUCCAUUAAAAACUAAUAACUUUUAAACACUAUUAAACACCAAGGGCGUAGGUUUUGUCUCAACAUUAUUAGGGACAGGGGUGCAAGUGGCUAGAAUUUCUUGCCGGAACUCCCCGACGUGAAAGUCCCCACGGAGCCAGAAUUUUU